AUGGCGACCAACAUCACAUGGCACCCAUCCCUCUCGCGCAGCGAGCGCAACAAAUUCCGCAAGCAAACCGGCUUCACAAUCUGGUUCACGGGUCUCUCCGCAUCCGGUAAAUCCACCAUCGCCACAGCGCUCGAGCAGCACCUUCUGCACUUGGGUUUCGCGGCGUACCGUCUCGACGGCGACAAUGUGCGAUUCGGAUUGAAUAAGGAUCUGGGGUUUUCGGAGAAGGAUCGCAAUGAGAAUAUCAGGCGGAUAGCUGAGGUAGCAAAGCUCUUCGCAGACUCCUCCACAAUCGCCAUAACAUCCUUCAUUUCCCCUUACAAAGCCGAUCGCGAGCAAGCCCGCGCCCUGCACGCUGCCACCUCCGAUGCUUCGGAGUCGCCUCUCGCUUUUGUUGAGGUCUACGUCGACAUCCCGCUUGAAGUCGCGGAGGCGCGCGACCCCAAGGGCCUGUACAAGAAAGCACGCGAAGGCAAGAUUCCAGAGUUUACGGGCGUGAGUGCGCCGUAUGAGGCGCCUGAGAAGCCGGAGAUUCAUAUCAGGAGUGAUAAGAAGAGUGUCGAGGAGAGUGUGGUGGAGAUUGUAGAGUAUUUGAAGGCGAAGGGGUUGUUGGAUGUGAUGCAGUAA